AUGGAAAAGCAAACCGAUGACCGAUCUGUCAAAUCCAAAAAUAAGAAACAGACAAGAAAAAAGAACAAGGUUGAAAAUACUGAAAACCAGGAAAAAGAACUUGAAUGUAUAAUUAAAAACCAUGAAAUCAAUGAACAAAAAAUAAUCAACAAACAAAAGUUUAACAACGAACAAAAAUUAAUCAACAAACAAAAAUUAAUCGACGAUCAAAAACCUGAUAUAUUUAACAAUUUUAAGAUUAGUAUUGAAAUAAAUAUAUUGGCAGUAAUACUGUUUAUGUCAGCUCUGUCAUCAAGAUUUUUUAAACUUGACCAACCUCGCAAUGUUGUGUUUGAUGAGCUUCACCACGGAAAAUAUGUUAGUUUAUAUAUGAAGCGAACAUUUUUCUUUGACACUCAUCCACCUCUUGGAAAGCAAUUAAUAGCAGCUGUUGCAUAUUUAUAUAAUUACAAUGGUCAAUUUAAAUUUGAAAGAAUUGGAAGUGAAUUUAGUAAUGAAGUCCCAUUAUUUGGUUUGCGUUUUGUACCAGCAUUAUGCGGUAGUUUGAUUAUUCCUGUUGCAUAUCAAUUAAUGUUGGAACUAGGUUGUCGACACUGGUGUGCUGCUCUUGCUGCAUUUCUUCUCCUUUGUGAAAACACAUUAUUAACACAAUCUCGAUUCAUUUUGAUGGAGUCUAUACUAAUAUUUUUUACAUUAUGUGGAUUGUUAUUUGUAUUAAAGUAUAAAAGACUGAAUAUGAAAUCACCUUGGGCAUUGACUUACUUAGUUAUUGCUUCUAUUUGUCUAACUAUGGCCACAUGUGUGAAGUAUGUUGGACUUCUCUCGUGGUUUUUGAGCUUAUGGAUAAUCUGUAGAGAUUUCUGGGUUAACCAUUUAGGUGAUAAGCGUCUAUCAGAUUUUACUAUUUUCUUAUGUGUAGUAUUAAGAUGUAUUAUUACAUUUUCAAUAUCCAUUGCAAUUUAUUUUUCUGUAUUUUUUAUUCACCUCAUAAUUUUGAAUAAAGCAGGACCACAUGAUAGUGUUAUGACAAGCGCUUUUCAAGCUAGUCUAGAAGGUGGACUAGCAUCUAUUACCAAAGGUCAACCUUUGCAUGUUUCGCAUGGAUCACAAAUAACAUUACGGCAUACACAUGGAAGGACAUGUUGGCUUCACUCACAUACUCAUGUUUAUCCUAUUAAAUACGCUGAUAAGCGAGGAAGUUCUCAUCAGCAACAAGUUACAUGCUAUACAUUUAAGGAUGUAAAUAAUUGGUGGAUAGUUAAAAGACCAGAAAGAAACACAUUAGCAGUAGAAAAUACAAAGAACCCAGAUGGUAUAAAACAUGGUGAUAUUAUUCAGUUGGUACAUGGAAUGACAAGUCGUGCUUUAAAUUCUCAUGAUGUUGCAGCACCUGUAUCACCACAAAAUCAAGAAGUAUCAUGUUACAUUGAUUACAAUGUUUCUAUGCCUGCUCAAAAUUUAUGGAAAGUGGAAAUAAUUAAUCGUGAUCAAUUUGGAGAUGUCUGGCAAGCUAUUAAUUCACAAGUAAUACUAAUUCAUUUAAAUUCAACACAAGCAUUGAAGUUUAGUGGUAGACAGUUACCAGAUUGGGGAUUUAAUCAACAUGAAGUGGUUACAGAUAAAAUAAUAUUUCAAGAUGAUACUGUAUGGAAUGUCGAAGAACAUCGCUAUACUAAAAGUGAAAAUGAAAAAGAAAGAGAACGAGAACUUGUUGCCGCUGAAAUGAUACCAUCAAAAGGAACAAAAUUGGGACUUUGGGAAAGAUUUUGGGAAUUACAAUAUAAAAUUAUAUUUGCUUCACCAAAUACGCAAAAUGUUCAUUCGCAUAUGUAUAGUAGUGAACCUCUUGAUUGGCCAUUAAUGGUUCGAGGAGUUGCCUACUGGUUAAGUGAACAUGAUAAUGGACAAAUUCAUCUGUUGGGAAACAUUGUCGUAUGGUAUUCAUCUACAUUAUGUCUAUUGUUAUAUAUAUCAUUCUUUGUAUUUUAUUUACUGCGCCAAAGAAGACAAAUUUAUGAUUUAUCUUUAGAUGAAUGGGAACAAUUCAAAACAAUUGGAGAAGUGUUAGUAGUUGGAUAUGGCUUGCAUUAUAUUCCAUAUUUUUUUAUUGACCGUACAUUAUUUUUACAUCAUUAUUUGCCUGCUCUUGUAUUUAAGAUAUUACUAUGUGCUGCAUUUCUACAACACCUAGCAAAUACUGUUAAAACAAAAUUGGUCCCGAGAUUUAUUUUUCAUUUAAGUCUUUGCAUAUGGAUUUUAAGUGUUAUGUAUGUAUUUAAAAAGUUUAUUGUCUUUAGUUAUGGAACUACUCCUUUAACAUCUAAAGAAGUUUUUAAACUACGUUGGAAAGAUACUUGGGACUUCAUAAUUCAUAAACCAUAAGUGUAAUAAUUUGGUGAUUAUACUAAUAAGUUACUUAACUGAUAGAUUUUCUUUGACAAAAGAUGUUAAUCAGCAUUUUGUUUAAAUCUUAGUGUCUUUUAUUAUUUUAAAAUAUGCUUCAUGUUACAUCCACUAUUAUGUUCAUUAGUUAUUACAAGUUUUUUUAUUAAAUAAAAAGUAUAUUAAUAAAAGAAGACAUCACAUCUGCAUGUGUUGCAUGUGUAUACUCAAGAUAGGAGCUUAUAAAUAAUUUUAAAUGCUCAUAAUAGCCAAAAAUAUCAAUAAAAAAACUCCAACAAUACAUCACCGAUGAUAUUCUAAACUUUAAAAUAGAUAUUAAAGAAAUUUUCUCCAAUAUUAAAGCUAUAAACACAUAAUGAUUUCUACUAAACACAAAUUUGCUGUUAUAUGUAUUUAAGAUAAAGACAAUACAUCUGGGUAUGACAUCUUUUUGAUAUUAACUAUAUAAUAAUCAACUUGGAUAUAUAACUGCUAAUUUACAAUGUUAUUCAUCCAGUCCACCACUAAUUAAAAGUGAAAAUAUAUUCUCUUAUAUGAUAA